UCUCCUCCUCUGUACUCCUCCUCCUCCUCCUCCUCUUCCUCCUGAUGAAGCUGAAACAGGUUUGUUGUUUUGCUGUCAGAGACAAAGGUUUCAGUCGACACACACGAUAAGUUGUCUCGGUGUCCCAGAGGUCUUCCAGGUCGAGAUGCAGCGUGAGAAACCCUCCAAUCAGAGCAGUCAAGUAUGACCCAUCAGAGACCAAACCCUGCUGAACCUGAACCUGAACCCAGCUGUGUGUCAAUGAAGAGACACCGCUACUUUAAAAAAGAAGGCGACCUGUAAGGGACAGGCCAAUUAAAAUGGAGGAGAGGAGAAGGAAGAGGCGAAGACAGAAGGAAAAGGAGGAACAUAUUGAAAUAAAGAGCCGAAGACUGAGGAUCCAUCAAAGACCAAACUCUGCUGAACCUGAACCCAGCUGUGUGUCCUUCAAGAGUGACUGGUCAAAUAAUCGCCUCAUUGAUUUUAAAGGUCAACAACCCACUGCUGAAAAGAGAGUGGACCAGGAGAGCUCAGAGGUUCCCAGUGAUCAGUCUGCCCAGCAGCAUCAAACACACCUGGACUCCAUAUUUAUGUUGCUGGAGGAGGACAUUGUCACUUUAAGAAGUUCUGCUGGAGUUUGUAAACAUAAACUCAAAUCGAACCUAAACAAGAAGUUCCAGUGUGUGUUUGAGGGGAUUGCUAAAGCAGGAAACCCAACCCUUUUGAAUGAGAUGUUCACAGAGAUCUACAUCACAGAGGAAGGGACUGCAGAGACCAAUCAGAAUCUCCUACGAGGCCUAAUGACACAGACAGGAAGUAGCUCAGAGACCAAUCAGGAAACAAUCGAGUACAUCAAGAAGAAGAUCAAGAAGACUCUUCUGAUGCUGCUGCCAGUGGUCAAAGCCUCCAACAAAGCUCUGUAA